AUGCGGAUAGACGUGCAAUCUGAGGAGGAGGAGGGAAGUAUCCCAACGGUUGAUCUAGUUUCAGAUGUGGAAGAAGCCGACACCGAAAUUUACACACCGCAAAGACAAGAAGAUAGAGAAGGAGAAGAAGAUGAUGAUGACGAUGACGAGGAAGAAGACGAUGGCGAAGAAAAUGAAAACAGAAGAGCCUUUGAGCAAAUGUGCGAUGGGCUUUUAGAAGAAGAGAUUGAGGUUUUCCAUCAGUGCGAAACACGGACGGGCUAUUCUCCGGAAAAUUAUGAAGCUAAGAGGAAAGCUGCUCAAGUACAAACAAGAGGAGGCGUUUCACGCGAAGAAGAACAAGAAGAUCGUUAUUUACACCGGCUUCAGAACCAUUCGAUGGAUCUUCAACAGCAUCACCAGCAGCAACAUCAGCAACAGCAGCAACACCAGCAGCAGCAGCAACAUCAGCAGCAGCACCAGCAGCAGCAGCUGCAGCAGCAGCAGCAGCAGCAGCAGCAAUAG